AUGCACAGCCAACAACUAGUGGGUCUCACCCUCAUUCCGGUACCGUUCUCCUCCUUUUCCCCUUUUCCCUACAACUGUGUGUUCAGGUGGCUCUUCUAGGAUUCGCCUUCAAUUUGGUCAUUUUCGUCGUGGCAUGUCGCACCAAGUCUCUCAGCCAGUCCUUUGCCGUUCUCGUUGCCACGAUGGCCGCCGCGGAUGGAAUUGUCUGCGGUCUUUUUUUGUUUUAUGCCAGUCCCAUGAUUGUUUUGUAAGUCGGUUAACAAUAUUCACAAUGCUCUAAACCGUAGCAUCUCAGAAAUAUGACACUCUUGAAAGCGAACUCCCACCAUUGCGGAUUCGUUUUGACGUUGUCCUACGAUCUUUCGAUCACUAUCCACGUUGUGAUCGUCUUUAACAGACUGCUAGCUGUCUUCACUCCAAUCACUUACAAAACAAUUUUUGGGUAAAGACAACCCCCUUCUGGAGCAUGCACAAAGAACUCAAUUCAGAACCAAAGCCACAAAAUUGAUAGUUUUCCUAACCGUUGCUCUCACAUUUGCCCUGAUAUUCACUUUCUUCCAAAUCCGUAAGUUGCCAGACAUAAACAUUCACUUUGUUUUUCCUCUCCAGUGGGAUGCCAGCUGUAUUAUGACAAUGACUAUUGGAUGUUCUUCUACUCGGAUCAAGAUAUUUGCACGUGGUUCGCUACAAAUCUCGGCGAUCGCAAGAUGAUCGCGGCCACUGCGUUCGCAAUGAUUUUCAAUUUGAUCACCAUUGCGAAAGUGCACACAGCUCGCAAAAAGGUUUACUUCCCUUUCCCUAUGCCACAUUAUUUGCAUUUUUCAGAUGAAUCGUGGCCAGGUGUCAAUCGCGAACAGACGGAAAGAGAUGGAUUUUCUGAAGCAGACGAUCGGCCAGGGCACCUACAUGUUCGUGUUUUCCAUACUUUUUCUCUACGUCUCACUGCUGGUCGACAACAAGAUACUCGGAUUCUUUUUGGGCACGGAUAUGUGGUGCAGUCUUCACACUUUGGACGGGUAUACAUCGUUUCCGACACAAAAGUUUUCAUAUUAUUCUGGUUCAGAUUGUUCGUUCUUGCCUAUAAUUCUGAAAUACGGCACGCCGCCUUGUGUCGGAAGCGGACGUUGUCGAUGCGCGUCUCACGUGUCACUUAA